CAAGAAUCUCGAGACAUGGCUACACGAGUGAUUGCCAACUCACCACCUCUCAGAGAGAGAGAGAGAGAGAGAAGCGUAGCCAUGGCAAAGGGACACGUCCUGGUGCUGCCGAUGCCGUGCCAGGGCCACGUCACGCCGCUCAUGGAGCUCUCCCACCGGCUGGUGGACCACGGCUUUGAAGUCACCUUCGUCAACACCGAGGUGGACCACGCGCUGGUGGUCGCUGCGCUGCAGGCGUCGUCGGGCGGCGAGGCGGCGCUUGGCGACGGCAUCCGCCUGGCGUCCAUCCCGGACGGGCUGGCCGACGACGAGGACCGCAAGGACCUCAACAAGCUCAUCGACGCCUACUCGCGCCAUAUGCCGGGAUAUCUGGAGCGGCUCAUCGCCGACAUGGAGGCCGCCGGGAGGCCCAGGGUGAAGUGGCUCGUCGGCGACGUGAACAUGGGGUGGUCCUUCGAGGUCGCCAAGAAGCUCGGCAUCCGGGUCGCGUCCUUCUGGCCGGCGUCCUUGGCGUGCUUGGCCAUCAUGCUCAAGAUCCCCAAGUUGAUAGAGGAUGGACUCCUCAACGACAACGGCCUGCCACAGCGGCACGAGACGUUCCAGCUCGCCCCGGGGAUGGCGCCGCUGCACACGUCGCAGCUGUCGUGGAACAACGCCGGAGCGCCCGAGGGGCAGCACAUCAUCUUCGACCUGAUCACCCGGAACAACAGGCUCAACGACCUCGCCGAGAUGGUCGUCUGCAACUCGUUCCACGAGGCUGAGGCCGGUGCGUUCAAGCUCUUCCCGAACGUCCUGCCCAUCGGCCCGCUAUUCGCCGACCGGGAGUUCCAGAAGCCCGUGGGGCACUUCCUGCCGGAGGACGAGAGGUGCAUCAAGUGGCUCGACGCGCGGCCCGACCGGUCCGUUGUGUACGUGGCCUUCGGCAGCAUGGCCAUCUUUGACCCGUACCAGUUCGAAGAGCUGGCCGAGGGGCUGGAGCUCACCGGCCGGCCGUUCCUGUGGGUGGUGCGGCCAGACUUCACCCCCGGCCUGAGCAAGGUGUGGCUCGCCGAGUUCCAGCAACGUGUAGCCGGCAGAGGCAUGAUCGUCAGUUGGUGCUCCCAACAGCAGGUUCUGGCGCACCGUGCGGUUGCGUGCUUCGUGUCGCACUGCGGGUGGAACUCGACGAUGGAGGGGGUGAGGAACGGGAUGCCGUUCCUGUGCUGGCCCUACUUCUGCGACCAGUACCUGGACCGGAGCUACAUCACCAACGUGUGGAGGACCGGCCUGGCAGUAUCGCCCGGCUCGGACGGCAUCGUCACCAAGGAGGAGUUGAGGAGCAAGGUGGAGCAGGUCAUCGGCGACGUCAAGAUCAAGGAGAGGGCCCGGGUGUUCAUGGACGCGUCUCGCCGGUGUAUCAGCGAAGGCGGCUCCUCUUACGAGAACUUCACGAAGUUCGUGAACCUGCUAAGUGAAUGAGGACCACUUUGCUUGUACCUAUGUAGCACGGAUUAUGUCCCAUACAUGUGCCAUAAUGUGUUGGUGUUGUUCUGUUAAUGGAAAGGGCAUAGAAAGGGCAUUUUUACUA